GAACACCCAAAACUUCUGGAGACAAGUCAUUCCACUGAUGGUUCUAAUUGUCAAGAAAUUUCUCCUCAGUUCUAGUUUGGGUCUCUCCUUGAGAUAAUAUGCAUAAUGAUUCAGUUGUAAUGCAACUUUUAAAAUUGAUCUUUACUUUAUAUACUGCCUGGGGAAUUGAAGUCCACAUAAUCUCUAAAAGUUCCUGAGGUUGAGAAACAUUGAUGUAGAUGACAGUCUUCAUAAAGGAAUGUUAAAUAUUUAUCUAGCUUUGUAAUCUUGUUUACAAAACCAAAAUAGCAGGAAAUGAACCUCUCAAAAAGUGGGUCUUUCAAGAAACAGGUUUAGAAUUAAGACUAUGACCCAUUUAACUCCAAGUAAAACACACAGCAUUCUACAUGGCAGAUUGAGAUUUCAGGGUUAAGUCCAAGUGAAAUUCAGUAAAAUUCAGUAACUUUAAAAAAAUCCUAAAAUGGAUGCUCUGAUAUACUUUUUUAGAGUGAGAUUUCUAGCAAUGGAAAAACCCAAUGUAGAUAUGAAAAUAUCUUCUAAACCAAAGUUUCAUUUUAAGAAAAUGACUUUACUUCAUUGGAGAAUUAACCCCAGAACACUUAGAACCAAAGGUAAUUUCUCCAGAGGAAGAUGCAAUUGUUUCUCAGAGGAACAAUUCAUAAAUAUUAAUCCCAAUGGAAGUUUUGUUAUUCAGUUUUAAAAUGUGGAUUGGGCCUUUAGUUCUAAGCUAGUUCUUUUAAAUAAAGUAACUCUGACGUGUCUUACUACACUAUUUACCAAGCUCAGUGACAGAUUGUUCUGAAAAAUCUGAGAACUGGGGCGUUAUUUUAAAAACAAUGGCUAGGGGAAAAAAGGGAGGGAUGGAAAGGCCAGCUCCAUUAGAGAACACACGAAGAAAAGGACCCUUUGGGGCCUCAGUUUGAGGCAAAUCUGUGAUCCCAAAACGGACCACCUGAUAUUUCAAUGGGGAGGUUUGUGUUCCUUCGCACUUCUUCUUCCUCCUUGUCCUUCCUAUAUAGGGCAAUGGCUGCGCGGCUUCCCUCCACCGAGUCCGCUGCCAGGAGCAGCUAAGGGGCGUCCGAGAGAGCGGAGUUUCCAAUCUCUCCCCACGGACAACCCAUCCUAGCGCUCCCGGCCUUUCCGCAGGGCAAGGGGAAAAUCAGUGGCGGACAGAGCAAGCGAAGGCCCUCCGCCUUAAGUGGGCACUUAACACAGACUCUACGGGUGUCUUUUAGAGCGAAGCGGUCCCGCCAUGAGGCUUCUGCCCGUCCCGCCGUGAGGCGAGCAAAACCCCGGUCUCCUUCCCCCCGCAGCGCGGCUCCUCUGAGAAGGCCGCGCUCAUUGUCUCUCACACAAACCCUGGCAAACAGGAAGCCACCUCGGCAAGGGAGGAGAGCGGGGGGAGCACCCGCAGCGUAGGAGCGACAGCCCGGGCCAACCAGUGGCGGCGCGGAGCUCGGCAGACCGCAGCCAAUCAGCUGACGGGAGCGUCUUGGGAAGGCGGAAGUUCCGGGCUAGCGGGCAAGGCGGCGGUGGUGGUGGCGGAGUCGGCCGGGCCCCCUCUUCCCUUGCUGCAAGCCCCACCUUUCGGCUUCCUCGCACCGUCAAUCAAAAUAGGGGAAAACCCCGGAGUGGGCUCCAGGCCGCCGCCACCACCUCCUCCACCAGCAGCACCGCCGCUGCCGCCCGCGCGCACCAUAAGCAUGUCCCCGGCAGCAGCCGCGGCCGCCUCGCCUUAGUGGCGGCAGAAGCAGCAACAGCGGCGGCGGCGGCGCGAGCGGGGCCUGCGCGCGCCGGGGGGGGGGGAAGAGAGAGAGAGCGCGAGCCAGCCGCCAACCAGCCAGCCAGCGCUCGCUCGCUCUCCUUCCUUCCUUCCUGCCUCUCUCUCGCUCCCUCCCCGCCUGCCAAGUCGGCAGAAGGCGCCCCUGGCCGCUGGCUCCUCCGCGCCAUGACGGCUCCCGAGAAGCCCGUGAAACAAGAGGAAAUGGCUGCCUUGGACGUGGACAGUAGCAGCGGCGGCGGCGGCCCCCACGGCGACUAUUUGCAGCAGGGAAACGGGGCCUCGGCAGCCACUUCGGCCGACGCCUCUGACGAGGCCGGAACUCCCCAGGACACCCAGCCGUCGCCGCUGGCGCUAUUGGCGGCUACCUGCAGCAAGAUCGGGCCGCCGUCACCGGAGGAGGACGACGCCGCUUCUCCAUCUGCCGGAGCGACAGGAGAUUUGGCCUCUGUACAGUUAGCAGGAACGCCAAAUAGAUGGGAGGUGUUGUCUGCUACACCGACAACUAUUAAAGAUGAAGCUGGCAACAUAGUACAGAUCCCAGGGGCUGCCACAGUAACUUCAAGUGGACAAUACGUUCUUCCUCUUCAAAGUCUGCAGAAUCAGCAGAUAUUUUCUGUUGCACCUGGUUCGGAUUCAUCAAAUGGUACUGUGUCCAAUGUCCAGUAUCAAGUAAUACCCCAGAUACAGACAGCUGAUGGUCAGCAGGUUCAGCUUGGUUUUGCAGCCUCUUCUGAUAAUGGUAGUGUGAAUCAAGAAACUGGUCAAAUUCAGAUCAUUCCUGGCUCCAAUCAAACCAUUAUUGCCUCUGGAACAUCCUCUAGUAACAUUCAGAAUAUUUUAUCACAGACUGGUCAAGUCCAAGGGGUCACAAUUGGUGAUUCUUCUUUUCCUGGGCAAGCACAGGUAGUUGCUAAUGUUCCUCUUGGACUGCCAGGAAACAUCGCAUUUGUUCCCAUCAAUAGCGUUGACCUAGAUUCUCUGGGACUAAGUGGUUCUCAAACCAUGACUGCAGGCAUUAAUGCCGAUGGACACUUGAUAAGCACUGCACAGGCAAUGGAUAGUUCGGACACUUCUGAUAGGACUGCAGAACAGGUUUCUCCUGAAAUGACGGAAACAACCACCGAUACAGACUUAUUUGUGCCAACAUCGUCAUCCUCACAACAAUUGCCUGUAACCAUAGACAAUACUAGCAUAUUAGAACAAAAUUCAAACAGUUUGCCCUCCACUAGCGGGCAGGUCCAUAGUUCAGAUCUUCAGGGAAAUUACAUCCAAACAUCUGUCUCGGAGGAGACACAGGCCCAGAAUAUUCAGGUCUCAACAGCACAGCCUAUUGUACAACAUAUACAGCUUCAAGAAUCUCAACAAACGACGAGUCAGGCUCAGAUUGUACAAGGUAUUGCGCAACAGACAAUCCAUGGUGUGCAAGCCAGCCAAAGUAUAUCACAACAGGCUUUACAGAAUCUUCAGCUUCAGUUGAACCCUGGAACUUUUUUAAUUCAGGCACAGACAGUGACCCCAUCUGGGCAAAUAACUUGGCAAACAUUUCAAGUCCAAGGAGUACAGAACUUGCAGAACUUGCAGCUUCAAAAUGCUCCUGGCCAACAAAUAACAUUGACACCUGUGCAGACCCUCACUCUUGGUCAAGUUGCAGCAGGUGGGGCCUUGACUUCGACACCUGUUAGUCUAAGUACUGCUCAGUUGCCAAACCUACAAACAGUUACAAUAAAUUCCAUAGACUCUGGAGGUAUUCAACUGCAUCCCGGAGAAAAUGCUGACAGUCCUGCAGAUAUUAGGAUUAAAGAAGAGGAGCCUGAUCCCGAAGAAUGGCAGCUUGGUGGUGAUUCUACACUGAAUACCAAUGACCUGACACAUUUGCGGGUGCAGGUGGUGGAUGAAGAAGGGGACCAGCCGCAUCAAGAAGGAAAAAGAUUGCGAAGAGUAGCUUGCACUUGCCCUAAUUGUAAAGAAGGUGGUGGAAGAGGCACCAAUUUGGGAAAGAAGAAACAACACAUCUGUCACAUACCAGGAUGUGGGAAAGUCUAUGGAAAAACAUCACAUUUGAGAGCUCAUCUUCGUUGGCAUUCUGGAGAGCGUCCAUUUAUUUGUACGUGGAUGUUUUGUGGGAAAAGAUUUACCCGUAGUGAUGAGCUACAGCGACACAGGAGAACACAUACAGGUGAAAAGAAAUUCGUCUGUCCAGAAUGUUCCAAGCGCUUCAUGAGAAGUGAUCAUCUUGCCAAACACAUUAAAACCCAUCAAAAUAAAAAAGCUAUUCAUGCUAGCAGUACAGUGCUUGCAUCGGUCGAAGCAACACCAGAGGAUACUUUGAUUACUGCAGGCGGAACAACGCUUAUCCUUGCUAAUAUUCAACAAGGUUCUGUUUCAGGGAUAGGAACUGUUAAUACAUCUGGCACCAGCAAUCAAGAUAUUCUUACCAAUGCUGAAAUACCUUUACAGCUUGUUACCGUUUCCGGAAAUGAGACAAUGGAAUAAAUAUACACAAAAUACCUAUUAAUUGUGGUUAUUUUUAUACAGUAGUGAGAAGAAUAUUGUUCCUAAGUUCUUAGAUAUCUUUUUAUUGAUGUGCAAAAAUUUUUGGAUUGACAGUAACUUGGUUAUACAUGACACUGAAAUGCCUUACUUUGUAUGAUAUUCCAUAGUAUAUUAAAAUGGUAAAAUUGCAUGAGUUUUGUAGGUACUUUUGGAAUCUAGAAGAGAUUAAAUUUUACCAACUUGUAUAAAAAGAAAUUUAACAAUGGAAAUGGUAGUCUAAUCAAAUGCAUCAAUCCUUUGUGGUUUAGUGUAAAAAUGAGAACAUGUUGGUAUUUAUCUAUUGUAAGAUAAAAGUUGAUUGGUGAAAAGAAAUCAUGUUAUGAUAAAAGAAAUUUUGUAAUUUUCUUGACUGGAAUUUUUAUUAUGCAUAACUGACAAAUCAAGUUUCCAAGCAAAUAUUUCAUUGUACAGGCUUUACUUAGCUCAUCAAGUUGUCAUUUUGAAGCUAAUUAUUUUAAUUAGGUUAACUAUGUACAAUAUUUUAAGCAUUACUCUUGUAAGAUUUUGAAAAUUACAUUUUAACAUGGAGCUCUAGGGUUAGUCACCUUUUAAAUCCUGUUGAAAAGCCAUGUUUAAAGUUUAAUUUUGCCAAAAUAAUGUCUUGUUAAUAAUAUUCUUUAAGUGACUCAUUUGGGCAAUAUAACUGAUGUUUAAAAUUAUUCAAGGCUUAAAUAAAAAUAAGUUGCUGCAUUUUGGGUGAUGAAACAAAAAUAAAGAUACCCUUUUCUUGAAUAUUGGAGGACCAAAAAUUAAGGGUAUCCAUGUCAAUUGCAAUUUUUAUCUAACUUUGUCUCCAAAUACAUCUGUCUGCCAGGGCCUUAAAAGCCAUCAUGUAAAUUAUCAGUAAAAAAGACACAUAAGCACUCAGACACGCACACACACACACAUAUACAAAUGCAAAUAAUAGAAAAUCAUUUCUAUAGGGACAAUAGUCCAUAUUAAUAUUAGUGAUAGUGGAAUAAGGGUUUUACAACGCUUUUUUCUGCCAAGCUUUGGUUAGUUGAGCUGCAUUUAAAUAUCCACAUCUUUCCUUUAUGCUUCCCUUAAAUUGUAUGUAUCCAGUACAUUUAACUGAUAAACAUAUAUGUUUUUUAUUAAGCUGAUUUUUUUAUUUUUAAUUACUGUUUAUAUUUUCAACUAUAAAAAAUGUACACUCUUAAUUUGCAUAGCCAAGUCUGUAAGUGCUCUACCCGUUUUACAAAAAAAAAAGUACAAUAAUUGCAACAGUUCACUAUUUACAAACAUUUGGAAAAUCUGUUCAUUUGUUCAAACCACCUCAAAUUUAAAGGUUACCUUAUUGUACGUUUAAAGUGUAUUAUAACAGUGUGGUAGUUAAUAAAACACUAUUUUUUUUUCCUUUUGA